AUGGGGAUAACUAUUCUUCCUCCCUCGGACUCAGACGACGACUUCGGCUCCGGGUCUCCCGCAUCGCCAUCCCCCUCUCCAAACGAUUCCUCAAGCGACACCUCCAUGCCCGACGCGCCCUCCACCAGCAGCCGACCCAGCAAGCGGCCCAAGCUCUCCUCGUCCCAGCAUCGCAACCGCAUCCUCGUGCCAGGCGAAACCAUCACCAGCGAACCGCAAUGGAUGCGCGGCCACGGCACCUUCAGCCCCUCUGUCCCUUCCACCUCGCACGCAAGCGCCACCAUCACCGCCACCCUGCCGGGCCCGCUGCACACCACCAACAAACUGCUCUCCAUCACGCCGCUCCGCUCGCGCUACCACCCCUCGAUCGGCGAUCUCGUGCUCGGCCGCAUCGUCAGCGUCGACCGAGCGCGCUGGCGCGUCGACAUCUCCGCGCCCCUGCUGGCCCAGCUCCCGCUCUCGUCCAUCAACCUGCCCGGCGGGGUGUUGCGCCGCCGCACCACCGCGGAUGAGCUGCAGAUGCGCACCUACUUCCAGGAGGGCGAUCUGCUGGUUGCCGAGGUGCAAGGGGUGGGCAAUAGUGACGGCGUCGCGACGCUGCACACGCGGAGUUUGAGGUACGGCAAGUUGAGGAAUGGGGUUUUUGUCCGGGCGAUGGGCGAGGGGAGGGGGGGCGGCGUCGUCCGGGGACGGAGCGGGAGCGGGAGCGGGAGUGGGGAGGUGGAUGUCGCGUUGGGGGUUAAUGGGUAUUGCUGGGUCAGUCGUCAUGUGGAUCCGGAGGCGGAUGCGCUGGAGAAGGAAAAAGCAGGGAAGGCGAAGAUGGGUGGGGCAGGUGGCAGGGUUGGCAUGUCCAUCUCGAAUUUGGACGAGCUGGUCUCGAAUGAGAUCUACUCGAGCCAGAAUGAUGAGAUCGACUACAGAACCAGAAAGGAAAUCGCCAGGUUGUGUACCUGUAUCACCCUGCUUGCAGAUGCGGCACUCAAGAUCGAUGAAGACACCGUCAUCAAAGCUUACAGCGCGGCGGUUGAGGCGGAGAUGGAGAUGAUGGUUGAUGAGGAAGAUGAGGAUGCUGUUGCUGCGGCUGCUGCGGCUGGGGUAGACCGGAAGAGCGAACUGAAGAAGAGGAUCGUGCAGGCUGUGGUGGGAGGUGGAUGA